AUGUCGAGGGCAAGGGAUCCUCUGGUUGUUGGUGGUGUAAUAGGGGAUGUGUUAGAUCCUUUUGAACGAUCCGUAUCUCUAAGGGUCACUCGCAACAAUAGGGAAAUCAACAAUGGAUAUGACAUUAGGCCCUCAGCCCUGCUACACCAACCUAGAGUCCAAGUUGGGGGCAAUGAUUUCAGGAUCUUUUUCACGCUGGUAAUGGUGGACCCUGAUGCUCCAAGCCCAAGUGAUCCAAACCUCAGAGAGUAUUUACACUGGUUGGUGACCGACAUUCCUGGAGGAACAGAUGCAACUUUUGGGAAUGAGAUAGUGAGCUAUGAGAGCCCAAAUCCAACGUCUGGGAUCCACCGUCUUGUGUUUGCACUGUUUAGGCAAUUGGGAAGGCAGACAGUGUAUGCUCCAGGGUGGCGUCAAAAUUUCAACACCAGAGACUUUGCUGAGAUUUACAACCUCGGCCUACCAGUUGCUGCUCUCUAUUUCAACUGCCAAAGGGAGGGGGGUUGUGGUGGGAGGAGGUAAUUAAAUAAAUGUGUCAGUAAACUUCUAGCUCUUCAUCACACAUUCGCCUUUAGUUUGUUUACUAUGAUAU